AUGCCGCAGGUGACUGUCCAUGCGACUGGCCUAGUACGGGACACCAAGACCAAGUUUUGGAGCACCAAGGACCCAGGGCAGGAGCCUUUCACCUACACAGCCGGGGGAGGCGUCAUCAAAGGAUGGGACUACGGAGCACGAGGCCUGGGAUCUGGCAAUCAGAACGAUUUGUCGGGAGGAUUUAGGAGGUUCCCAGCGGUGUCAUGUUUCCAUCUCGUUUCUUAUCGAUGUUCUGAGGCUUGGCACGGCAGUCAGAAGUGGCAGAUUGAGGGGGCCCAUCGGCCGGUUGAGUUUCUUGCGGCUAGCACUCUUUCCCACCUUUCAUUAAAUCCCUCCUCUCCUAAUAUGAAAAUGGGUCUUGCGCCCACUGAGGGGGUUUGA